AUGGCCAGAUCAGUACCUUUAUUUAUCUCUCUCAACCACCAGCUGGUUGCUCUCCAAACUCUGCAGCUCUUACACCACCAGCAGCAAGGUGAAGAUGCCAGAGCCUGCCAUCCCCACUACAAAUUGGACCAGGCCUCUCCACCGCUCAGCAUAGGUAUGUAUGGCCCUACUCUGCAUGACAUGGGACUGGGCCUGGAUGCAGCCAGGUCUAGUCGGGCUCAGGAGCAGGAGGAAGGCAGAAGAGCAGCAAGCAAAACCUCUGAGGAGGAAGAAGAAUGUGGAUCCCAGGCUCUUUCCAACCCAGGUGAACCCAGGCCAAAGGAUUCAAGACAGCUGGGCCCAGCCAGGCCCCGAACACUUACACAGAUUGCUGUGCACUGCAUGCUGUCCCGAAUAGUAGAUUCAACAUCCCAGCUUGUCAGUGUGGAACAGACUCUCCUGCUCCCUCUGUUUCAGGAACAUCCUUUUCCUAUUCACCUAAAAGAUAGCAUUGAGUUUAGAAACAUCUGCAGUCAUAUGGCUUUACAGUUGGAGGGGCAGCGAUUUGACAGAGACUUACAUGCAGCACACCAGUGUUUAAGGAUCAUCGUUGAGAAACUGAUUGAUUCACUCACAGUUUUCCCCUCAGAUUUGUAUGCCAUAGCCCUAGCUUCACUGAGACAAAUCUUACAAAACCUCCCAGAGAUGUGA